AUGAUUACAGUGCCAUCGCAGGAGCUUGCAACCUUUCUCGGGAAUCAUCUCGACCAAGUGCUUCAGCAGAGUGCGCUCGAAUUUUCACAGACUUUAGCGGCGAAUCGGCAGUUCAAGGCAGGAUGUGCACUCAUGGAUGUUUUGAACGCUGUCGAGUCUGUUCAGGAACGGAUACGAGCAUUUCUACAGGAACGGAGAAGAACACUAGUGCCAACCAGAAAGAUCUUGUGGCUUCAGAGUUUGUACAGCCGCUUUCCGAUCCAUCAGAAUCCAUUCCUUUGUCUUUUCAUGGACAUUUAUACCACAUCUCUACAAGAUGAACAGCAGCGGCCAGAGCGCUUUGUCGUCAGUGUGAUCCUCAGUGGCGAUGGAGAAGAGCUAGCUCCCAGUACUCCUUCAGAGCUAAUCACAAUCGCACAUGAGGUCGAAUCAAAGCAAAUAAACUUUCAGCGUUUGGAAGAUUUCUUCCAGAAAAUCUACGUCAGUUCUUUGGCCACAAACCAAAUACAAAAUAAUGAUGAUAAUAAUAAUAACGGAGAGGACGAGGAAGAAGAGCUUGAAGAAUGGGAAAUUGAAGCUGAGAAGCAUUUUCAGGAUGCAGAGGAUGCAGCCCCUGCGCCAGCAAAAGUCAAUGUUAGAGUUAAAAAGCCUGUAGAGGUUACUGUCAAUCGCCAACAGCUAAACGCCAUCAUGGAACAGGCUGCUGUGCAACCACUGACGUUUGAUCAAGAGCAGACUCUUCCAGGGAUCGUUGAUAAUAAUCCAUCGAUCGCGUUUAAUUUGCUGUUGUAUUUGAUUCAACUUUCAUCGGAUCUGGAUGGAACCGAUAUUUCUGGGACAGCAUCAAAACUUAACGGCAAUACUGGAACCCCAGGCAAAAUUAGUGCAAAGAGUAGCAAUUUUAGCAGUCCGGAGCCUUCGAUCGUAGAUGCAUACUUGGACACGAUGACCCACGCCAAACGAUUAACUCUUCAUUCACUAGAGGUAGUGAAUCGAUUGACUGGAGCCACAACACUUUCACCUCGCUUUCUUCACGCUUAUAUUGAAAACGCAAUCCGAUGCUGCGAACUAGUGGACGAUAAGGUUGGGCAAGCUCGCGUCGUCCUUGUGUGUCUUCUUGCAAUCGCUUCUACGGAGUGGGGCUAUCACUAUCGCAGGAUAUUAUCAUGCUUUGCAGAGUUUUUGUGUUCAGUUUGCAAGAGUCAAGAGGUUGCAAUCCUAUUCCAAUCACUGGUAGAGUAUCAGAGGAAAAUGGAUGCACCAUCACCUUCUCCAGUACAAACACAAGGUCCCUCUUUCCGUGGAUCGCCACAGCAGCAACAACAACAACAGGCAUUUUCACGUCAAUCUACUCAGUCCGCAUCCGUACCCUCAACUCCUACUACUGAUACUCCUUCACGGUCGUCCUGGCUAGCCAGUUCAGGGUCUAUCAGUAAUGUUAAAUCGACCCUCAGCAAGCAUAGCUCCUUGAACGGGUUUUCGACUCCGGGCGUGCUUUCACAGUUCAUUCAUCCAGGACCAGCUUCAUCCGUAAACAACAAUAGCAGUAGCCAACAUUCUGCUCUAAUGGUACAGGCAGUGGUGGAUCCCACUUCAAAACUCACCACAAGCACUCGAGUCAACAUUCCUCGUCAUCGGGAACACUAUUUUCUUCACCAACAUGGGAGUAAUGGACAAAGCGGAUUCCGUGCGAGGCCUGGAUCGGGCGCACCGUCAGGAUCGACGUCAACGCCGAAUUCAGCAUCCAUAGAUGGCUCCUAUGACCUUGACGCAGCAUUGAGAGCGAGUCUAAGAGAUAUGGAGGCCCGCGGAGGAGUAUCUUCGACAGUCAGUGGUUCUACAAGCUCUAACCGAACAUUAAGCAAUGGACAAUAUCAACAGCAACAGCAACAGCAGCCGCAGACGAUCCAUUUAGGACCCAAGGGGCUUAAUACCACAUCUCAUUUCAACCAAGCUCGAGGACGAGGCGCACGCCGCGGUGGUUGA